AUGCCUAAAUGCACAAAGGAAUUAACGCGCCGUGAGAAAAAAGGUCUAAUCGACUUAAAAAAAUUUUCGGAAACACGGAGCGAUUACCCGAUGAUUCUGUUUAUUGCGCGAAUUCUUUAUCGUAUUCAACUACGAUGUUUUUUCCAAAAUCUAAUAACAGCUUUGGAUAUUACAAAAAUCCUAAAUAUCGAGCUCAACAGAUUGCAUAGACGUCAAAUAUCUAUUCCGAACUUAAUCGAACAAUUGGAGAAUACUCAAGCACCGCUUGACACUAUACGCAAUUUACUAACGGAUAGUAGUGGUCCGCGCAAGCACAAAGGGGAAAAAACGGAUAUUCGUCGGAUUUAUAAGAAUCUGAUCACUUUAACGGACGAUUUAAAAAAAGCGAUGGCACACAAUAGUCAAACCAACGCCAAAGAAUCAACCAAACACGAUUUCAAACAUAUAAAUUUUGCCCCUACCGAUUCUCUUAUCUCUGAAAAUGACGAUGAUGAAACAACGACUAUCGAGCCACCACUUCCCAUCGUUUGGCUUCCAACUUUAACAAACAAAGAGAAAGUAACUCAACGUAAAGUGUCUGCCUUUAGUCUGCGUAAGCGAACUGGCUUCAACACUUCAACCAAAUAUCGGCAUAGACUAUUGAGAAUGCCACACGUGCAAGCCAUUAGUAAAACAAGUUGCGUAACUAGUAAUAUCAAAAAUCACUUUCUAAAUAUUGGACAAAAAAAUUCGGCAGCUGUUACAAAAAUUUGCAUGCCGUCCGAGUCAAUUAUUAUAGACAUAGAAAAUUAUCAAUAUACCUCAUCUUCACGUUCACGUCCAACACGUGAAGACAACGAAAAGCAAGGCAAAAAUCUAAUGUCUCUUCAAAAUUUGGAUAAUCCGAUUUCAUCUGAACCAUUUAACAAAAGUAACAAUAAUUCAGACUUGGUGAAACGUCUCCCUUCGCUAAAUUACUUUUUAAAUUCUAUAUCUGAAUUUGCAAGUGAAAAUUGUUCCUGCAAGAAGAGACUUACAUUUGAUUUCCGUCAUUUAUGCCGCUGUAUUACAUCUUUAAAGACUAAUGCGCAUUAA